AUGCGCUUCAUCUACGCCCUCCAGGCCGGGCUUCUUCUGGUCGUGUCCACCUCGGUCAACGCUUGGAACAGACUCGACAAAGACAAUGCCGCCCUCCUAAUCGUCGACUACCAAGUCGGCCUCGCCCAGCUCGUCCGCGACUACGGAACCAAUGACUUCCGCAACAACAUGCUGGCGCACGCCGCCCUAGGCACAACCUUCAAUCUCCCCGUUGUCAUGACCACAUCCUCCGACGAAGGCCCGAACGGCCAGAUGCUCAAGGAGAUCCUGGACAUGUACCCCAACACGACUCUGAUCCGUCGACAGGGCGAAGUCAACGCAUGGGACCACCCUGACUUCCGCGCGGCCGUCGCAGCCACGGGUAAGAAGCAAAUGAUCAUCGGCGGGAUCGUGACGGAAGUCUGCACGACGUUUUUGGCGCUCUCGCUGGUGGAUGAGGGGUAUGAGGUUUAUGCGAAUACGGAGGGGUCCGGCACAUUUGAUCCGCGGCUUGCAGAGGAUGCGAAUCGGCGCAUGGAGAGGGCGGGCGUUACGCUUAUGGGGUGGUGGGCGAUCUUGUGUGAUUUGUUCCGUGAUUGGAGGCAUGUCCCGGGGUUGGCGGAGCUGCUGCCUACUAUUGACAGGUACCUCUUUGCUUACGGCCUUGUUGCUCGCCAUCACGGCGCGGCAAUCGUCAACGGCACUCUUGCUGAAAUUGAGCGAGAGCUCAUCGCAAACUAA